UUGAAUCAACAUCGAAUCGGUUUCGGUUCCGUUGUUUUUUUGGAUUCUGGUUCAGUUGGUAAAUGAUUAUGCUGUCAAAAUCAAGCAGCCUGUUCUUUGACUUGGUUACUUGUAAUACAAAUACAUAAUAGGUCAUUGAUUUAGUUUACACCCAGAAACUAACACAAAAGAAAACUGUCGAGAGUAGCUAAAACCAACUUAAAAUGUAGCUCAUUGAGCGUGUUGAACCACAGUGCAGACGCCGCUUGGGGGCAAGUAGGUAGCUCCAAAGAAUGUAUAAAUACUUCAGAUUCUAUAUAUAGACGCGCACCAUCUGCUGUUGCCUGCAUGCGGCUGGAGAAGUGCGUGUCUUAGUUUGUUACGAACCAGCGAAUGGCAUCCAUGGCUUCCUUUGGUACACGCAGCAUGAGCCAGCCGCCGGGUAUUAAGAUCUGCUGCUGCCGUAUCCUGACUUGCAUCAACUUUGGCUUUGUGCUCUCGCGGGGCGGACUCCUGAAGCUAAUGGAGCUGGGCCUGGCCAUGUUGUGUGAGGGUCUGCUUAUACGUUAUGGUGUACCCUACGCGGACUCCAUUGGCCAGGCGCUGACCAGUCUAUUGGCCACAACUGGCCAUUGCUUCACCACGACAGGCAUCUUGCUCAUAUGCUACUGUUUCUCGGAUAGAUCCUAUGGCCUGAUCCGACAGUCGCUCUUCGAGACGCUCUUCAAUGCCAUCGCCAGCUGCAUGUACUUCAGUUCGGCCAGCUAUAUGGGAUUCGCCUGUGUCGUCUGGCUGCAUCCUCAGUUUCUGGUGCGUCCCGGAUUCUGGGCGUAUCCAGCCAUGACCGCCGCCUACUACAUGGGCUAUGCGGCGGGACUUUUGCACGCCAUCGACGCAUUUCUCGCCUUCAGGCAUUUUAGAGGGGUUCGUUAGGAACUAAUUACUGUAUGUUACAGAUAUUAAAUAAAGCUCGUGAUUAUUUGAAUAUGCUAGCAUAAAUGAAAACUCACAGAAAACUAACAUAUGUUAUAGGAGAGGUAUUCUCAUACCAGGUCUUAUAAGUGGAAUACAU